GACAAGUAAUCCAUGGCAUAUAGAAAUAGAUAGCGACUUGAAGAAUAAGCCAUCAUCAUCAUCAUCAUCUUCACGAGAUUUUGCUUUUGCUACCCAAUGAAUGAUGCCUUUCUGUGUCUGUAUUUCACUGCCACCUGUUUUUCUUCAAACCUAAUUUGUUUAGUUCUGUCCAAACAAACGCUUAGAUUCUCUCCAUUUUUCUUUGGCUACUAACCCUAGUUUGUUCUUAUUCAUCACAUUUUGAACCUCAGCUAGCGCUAGAUCUUUGUUUCAAACCUUUAAAGUUAGCAUUUGGUGAAUUUGUUGAGAGAAUAUAAUACCAAAACAAAAACUAAAAGAAAACAAAAACAAAAACACCAUUUUCUUUAGUUUGUUUUUCUUUACUUGGAGUUUUCUUCUUCACAGAUAUGUUCUCUGCAAAUAUGUCCAAUUCUACUUCUUUAUCUCAUGACUUUUCCUCUUUAAAUCCAAUUAUUUCCUCAGCUAUAUCUUCUGAUCAACCCAAGAUCAAGAAAAAACGAAGCUUACCAGGAAACCCAGACCCUGAUGCUGAAGUGAUAGCAUUAUCACCAAAGACUUUGUUAGCUACAAACAGAUUUGUAUGUGAGAUCUGUAAUAAAGGGUUUCAAAGAGAUCAGAAUCUCCAGCUUCACCGGAGAGGACAUAAUUUGCCAUGGAAACUGAAGCAAAGAAACAGUAAAGAAAUAAAAAAGAAAGCUUAUGUUUGUCCUGAACCGUCGUGUGUUCAUCAUCAUCCUUCUAGGGCUUUAGGUGAUCUUACUGGUAUCAAGAAACACUUCUGCAGAAAACAUGGAGAAAAGAAAUGGAAAUGUGAAAAAUGCUCGAAGAUCUACGCUGUUCAAUCUGAUUGGAAGGCUCAUUCUAAAACCUGUGGAACUCGGGAGUAUAGAUGUGACUGUGGAACCCUUUUCUCCAGGAAGGAUGGCUUCAUAACACACAGGGCAUUCUGUGAUGCAUUAGCAGAAGAGAGUGCAAGACUUUCAGCUCAUCAUCAAUUACUUUCACCUCCUCCGUCUCUUCUUCUUCAACAAAACUCUCAAUCACGUCAUUCUCUCUUCUCUCUCCCUAUUUUGCCCCUCAACCCAUGGGACCCACCUACGCCACCUCAUCAUCCUCCUCAUCAUCAAAACCCUAGCAAUAACAACAACAACCACAACCCUAAUAACGUGGUUCAAGUUAAGUCGGAAACCAACCAUUUCCACCUUCCUCCGCUCUUCCAAGAACCAUCUGCGCCACCACUUCCGCCACCAAGCAGCAACCACAAGGGUGGUGGACCUGGCGGUAGUAACUUGAUAUCGUCAUUACCUCUCCAAACCCUAUCAAAUGCGGCCACGUCAGCUUCAUCUCAUCACCUGUCAGCCACUGCACUACUUCAAAAAGCUGCAACAAUGGGUGCAAGUCAGACCUCUUUGGGUCACAGCCAAAUGACUCAGUUGGACAUGGGCGAGUUAGGAGCAGUGAGUCAGGUUACUGCAGAUAAUUCAGUGAGUCAUAUCUCUCAGCAACAGCAGCAGCAGCAGGGAUGCUACAUGGGCAUUAAUCUCGCCACGUGGCAGAAGAAUGACCGUUUGACUAGAGACUUUCUUGGUUUGACCAGUGAUCAUCAUGGGAAUGGUGGUGGCGGUGGUGGUGGUGUUAACGUUAGCAUGAAUGUGAGGGAAAUGCUAACGUACACAGGGGGAGUAGGGUUACAGCAUUACGGUGGUGAGAGAGACUGCUCACUGUUGAAGCCUAAUGGUUUUGGGUUCGGUCAGCCACCUGCGACCUCGGAAACUUGGGGGGAUUGCUAAAAUGGUAAAUUAAUCAGAAAUUUGAUUCAGUAAUUCACCUACCGGAAUGACGAAAAUACCCCUGACAAUCGACUGCCCUUCUCCUAAGGAAACAAAAUUGGCUAGGGCUUAGAGGAAAUUAAUCCUAGCUUUUCAUAUAUUGUACUAUUAUGCAUCAGCAAAACAUCUUUUUGUUUUUCUUUGUUUUGUUGAAUUUAUUUCCUAAAUAUGCUCAUAAGAGAGGUUGUUUCCUUUGCAUCUUUACUAAUUAAUUAGCUUUGUUGCA